AAUCAGAGCCAGCCAUCUGUUCCCAGUCUAGAGGCGAGCCUGUGCGAAUGAUAGCAUCUCGCAGUGAUUCUGCAGGCAUGUGAAGAUCCAAACAGAGCUCAAAGUAUACCAGCCUAAUAUUUCUUUUAAAAACGCGUUUUCUUUAUAUUUCACUAUUCUACCCCCCUAAACGGGGAAUAUAUUUUACUGCAAAAUGACAUCGUUAUCCCUACUGUUUAUGGCCGUGUCCAUCGCUUUAAUAGCUGCAGAAUCAUCUGUUUAUUUCCGAGAGCAAUUUGAAGACGGAGACACCUGGAGGAGCCGAUGGGUGGAAUCCAAGCAUAAAUCCGACUACGGAAAGUUUGUGCUAUCUGCAGGCAAAUUUUAUGGCGAUGCCGAGAAAGAUAAGGGUCUUCAGACCAGUCAGGAUGCUCAUUUCUACGCACUGUCAUCCCGCUUUGCUGAUUUCAACAACAAGAAUCAGCCCCUCGUGAUCCAGUUCUCUGUAAAACAUGAACAGAGCAUUGACUGUGGUGGAGGCUACAUCAAACUUUUCCCAUCAGACCUCAAACAGGAAGAUAUGCAUGGAGACUCAACCUAUAAUAUUAUGUUUGGUCCUGACAUCUGUGGCCCUGGCACCAAGAAAGUACAUGUAAUCUUCAAUUACAAAGGCAAAAAUCAUUUGAUCAACAAAGACAUUAGAUGCAAGGAUGAUGAAUACACCCACCUGUACACGUUAAUUGUCAAUCCUGACAACACUUAUGAAGUCAAGAUUGAUAAUAAGAAGGUAGAGUCUGGAUCUCUGGAAGAAGACUGGGACUUCCUGCCUCCCAAAAAGAUCAAGGAUCCUGAAGCGAAAAAACCUGAGGACUGGGACGAGAGAGAGAAGAUUGAUGACCCUGAUGACAAGAAACCAGAGGACUGGGACAAACCCGAGAACAUCCCUGAUCCUGAUGCUAAGAAGCCUGAUGACUGGGAUGAUGAGAUGGAUGGGGAGUGGGAGCCGCCCAUGGUCACCAAUCCUGAAUACAAGGGUGAGUGGAAACCCCGCCAGAUUGACAAUCCUGCAUACAAGGGGAAAUGGGUGCACCCUGAGAUUGAUAACCCGGAAUACACUGCUGACAACGAAAUCUAUAAAUACGAUAGCAUCGGAGUGAUUGGACUGGACUUGUGGCAGGUGAAGUCUGGCACAAUUUUUGACAACUUUCUCAUUACCAAUGACCCCAAAAUGGCAGAAGAGGUUGGCGAUGAGACUUGGGGUGCCACAAAGGAUGCUGAGAAGAAAAUGAAGGAAAGUCAAGAAGAGGAAGACAGAAAGAAGCGUGAGGAAGAGGAAAAGACAAGAAAGGAGGAGGCUAAGGAUGAAGAGGAAGAUGAAGAUAAGGAAGAGGAGGAGGAGGAAGAAGAGGAAGAGGAAGAAGAAGAAGAAGAAGAAGAGGAGGAUGAGGAAGAGGAAACAGACUCUAAACUCAAAGACGAGUUGUAGAUGUCAACAGGAACUUGUGAAGAAAUAUCCCAUGGCUAAUGGGGUACAAUGCAGAGAACUGGACUAAUGCUGGACAUUCCUUUUUGUUGUGUGCCGGAUGAAUCCGGCAAGAUUGUUUUGUCCCUUUCCACUGCUACAAACCUAUUUAUACAUUAACUUUUUCAUAAUUUUCAUUUGCAUGAUGUCAAGCAAAGUCCUAAGCAUUUUCAGGGAGAGUUGAAGGGAACCAACAUGAAAAUCACAUCCCUGUCUGUAGUGUGAGAUAUGAUCCAUAAACAUUCAAUGUUCAUGUUUACAUAUGUCAGAUAUCCUAUUUGCUAAGAAAUUCUGUGACAUGAAACUUGAAUCAUAGCAGUCAUCAAACUGGUAGCUACAAUUCUCAGACACUAGUAUGAUUACCUCAAAGAACAUUUACUAUAUUUCAUUGACAAUGUGGAGCAAUUUUUAGGGUACUGUUGCCACCAUUUUGUUCUCAUUUCACUUCUGUUACAGAAUAUGCCAAGUUGUUUAGAUAUCUCAUCUACAGCAGUUUGGCCUUCACACAGUUUUGCGUAUGUGUGCGUGUUGGGUUUGAGAGAGAGUCCUCGCUUUAUUGCAUGUUUCAUCUUAACCCAAACCUCAAAUUCAUAACAUACUUGCUCUUAUUAUCAAUCUGUCAGAGAUUCGGUUCUUGGUCAUUUACUUUCAUGAACACACAGUGGAUCUAAAAAGCUGAUGCGGUUUUGAUCUGGCCCUGAUCAGCAAGAAAACUUUUGCACGUCUGGCCGAAUGUUUGGCGAAAGCGAAUCAACGUCAACAAUGGUUUAUCUGAGUUGCUGUAAAUUGCGUGUUUGCUGUGGUUCAGCUGAAUGAUUUAUUUAGUAAAUGUGGUAAUCAAGGCCAGGCUGAACCUGUGGAGUGAGGAAAAUUUCAAGGGUGUUGCGAGGAAAUUCUCAUAGCGAUUCUAGUAACACUUCUCUUCAAUAGAUUUCACAACCUUUGUGAAUAUUGCACUGCUGUACUGCUUCAAUCAGAUACUUCUCCCAGCAAAAUGGAUUGUGACCUUUUUUUUAAAGAUAUAUUUUGUACUUUUUGUGUUUGAAGGAGAUUCCUUGACAUAUUGAGAAGAAAAGCUCUGGUAUGACAGUUGUUGUCCAAUAAUAAAACUACAAAAAGAGUAAUA